AUGACUACAGAGCCAGAAGUAACAGAGCAAGUCCUUUCGAAGAAGGCAUUAAAAAGGCAAGAGAAACAGGCACUCAAGGAAGCCAAAAAGGCUGAAGCAAAGAGUAAUCAGCAAAAUCAACAACAUGCAGUUCAUUGGAGUUCUGUUUUGGCUUAUUCAACUGAGACAACUCCAUAUGGGGUAAUACCAUUUAAUGGUAAAGUUGAAAGCAGAACAUUUUCAAAGAUCAAAAAUUUGAACUCCAAUCAAAAAGGAGAGAAGGUAUGGUUAAGAGGCCGAAUUACAGAAUCUAGAUGCAAGGGAUCUCUGGGAUUUGUAUUGUUAAGGCAGACUUUUUAUAGACUACAAUUAGUUGUUGAUGCUAAUAAUUGUGCCUCUAAGGAAAUGAUUAAAUGGCUUGGAUGCCUUCCAAUUGAGAGCAUGAUUGAUGUGUAUGGUACUAUAGUAGUUCCAGAAACUCCAGUUAUUUCAUCCACUCAGGAUGUAGAGAUUUUAGUUGAGAGGGUUUAUUGUAUCUCCUCAGCUUGUAGUGAGUUACCUUUCCAACUAAAAGAUGCUAAUAGGGUUGAUACAGAAGAUGAGGAUUCUACAAUCAUAAAGGUUCUACAAGAUGUUAGACUUGAUAACAGAGUAUUGGAUUUAAGAACUUAUUUAAGCCAGGCAAUUUUCAGAAUACAGUCAGAAGUUUGUAAACUACUUAGAGAGUUCCUUAUAGAGAAGGAAUUUAUUGAGAUUCAUACUCCCAAGCUUUUGCCAGGAGCUUCUGAAAGUGGUGCUACUGUAUUUAAAGUAGAUUACUUUUCAAACACAGCUUGCUUAGCUCAAUCACCUCAGCUUCAUAAACAGAUGUCAAUUUGUGGAGAUUUGGAAAGAGUCUUUGAGAUUGGACCUGUUUUCAGAGCGGAAAAUUCAAACACUCAUAGACAUUUGUGUGAGUUUGUUGGUGUUGAUAUUGAAAUGAAUAUUGAGAACACCUAUUUUGAAUUGGUGGAUGUUUUCGAUGCAAUGUUUAGAUAUGUUUUCCAGGGAAUCAAUUCUCGUUGCAAAAAUGAACUACUUAUUGUUUCAGAAUACAAUCCAUUUACUCCUUUCGUAAUUUCCGAAAAGACUCCACGCCUUACCUUUGAAGAAGGUUGUAAUCUCCUUAGAGAGGCGGGUGUUGACAUUCCAGAAGAUCUUUCUAACUUUGAUAUUUCAACAGAACAGGAGAGAUUACUCGGCUCUAUUGUAAAGGAGAAAUAUAACUCUGAUUUCUAUAUGAUGCUAAAAUAUCCGCUCAAAGUUAGACCUUUCUACACAAUGCCUGACUUUGAUGAACCAGAGAAAUGGUCAAAUUCUUUUGACUUCUUUAUGAGAGGAGAAGAAAUUUUAAGUGGAGCUCAGAGAGUACAUAACUACGACUUAUUGGUAAAGAGAUGCCAAGAAUGUGGUGUUCCAGAACACUCACUUAGAGAUUACUUGAACUCAUUCAAACUUGGCGCUCCUCCUCAUGGAGGAUGUGGUAUCGGACUCGAAAGAGUCAUUAUGCUCUUUUUGAAUCUUGGAAACAUCAGAAAAUCUUCAAUGUUUCCUCGUGAUCCCAAAAGACUUAGUCCUUAA